UUAUGUUCGCGAUUUUUUUCUUUCUCUUACCCGAGGGACACUCUUUAUUAAAAAAAAAAAACUUUAAUGCUGAUUCUACAAUGAGUCUGUAGUCGGAAGUCUUAGUCUCAAUUGAUGAAGUUGACCAAUUAAUGUCCUUAAUCAGCGUUACAGAUUCUUCCGCUUCGAGCAAAAAUACGUCGAAUGAGCCUAAUUUACAUGAAAAUCGAAGAUUAUAAAAUCAUCCUAAAAUGUUUUUGGUAAGAGUCAUUAGAAAAUCCACAGUGGCGGUGAGUCCAGUUAAACAGAAAUGUAAACUGUAUUCACAUCAUGCACCAUCGAGGACAACAAUUCAUUCUACCAUUCCUUUGAGAUCCUUGAGAUUCUGCAGUGACAGUCCACCCAAGUGUUGGAAUUGUGACUAUGUGUACAAGUCCGAGUUAUUUUGCUCAAAGUGUAAAGUAUUGCAAGAAUUGCCACGGAACUUGAAUUAUUUUGAUAUCAUCGGAAUCAAAAGGGAUUACAAUGUGGUGAAUGAGGAAAUUCAUAAAAAGUAUAGAGAGCUGCAAAAAAUGCUGCAUCCCGAUAAGUUUGGUAACAAAUCUGAAAAAGAAAGGCAAAUCUCAGAGAAGUUGUCGUCUCUAAUAAAUAAGGUUUAUAGUACGCUGAUGCAUCCAUUAAAAAGAGGAUUGUAUAUGUUAGAAUUAAAAGGUAUAUCAAUACCAGAAGGCACUACCAGUUUGAAUCCAGAAUUUCUCAUUGAGAUUAUGGAACGUAAUGAAGAGAUAGAAAAUGCAAUAGAGGACAAAAAUAAAGUCUUAAAGCUGGCCAAAGAAUCUAAGGAACUGCUCAAUAAAAUGUCAAAACAAGUGGCAGAGGCGUUCAGUAAAGACGAUAUUGAAACAGCAACAAAAAUUUUAAUAAAAAUGAAAUAUUAUGAUACCAUAGAUAAUAGAUUAAAGAAAUUAAAGCAUGAUCUAGGUAUAGUAGAAUAA